AAAGUGGCAGUCCUCAUCGAAGGGAACCCCUGCCAAAUGGAGGUGGACUCAGGUUCCUCCAUUUCCCUCAUAGCGGAGGAGACCCUGAGGGAACUGUGCCCCCGGCAGCGGCUGCAACUACGGCCGGCGAACUUCAUACUCCGGGACCUUCAGAAGAACCCGGUGCAAAUUGCGGGGUGGGCGCGGGUGCAAGUUGAGAGGGGGUCCUUCCACGGGCCGCUGGACAUCCUGGUGGUAAAGCGCCAACUUGCCACCCUGCUGGGGCUGGAUUGGUUCAAACCCUUGGGGAUACGCGUGGAGGGGGUGGGGCAAACCUUAACGCCCAGCGGGUUCGGGGAGAUUUGCAAAGAGUUCCCCGAGGUAUUCGAUGGGUCCCUGGGAAGCUACAAGGGGCCGGCCAUCUCCCUGCCCCUAGACCCCACGGUCAGGCCGAUCCGGCUCAAGGCAAGGAGGGUCCCGUUCGCUUUAAAGCCAAAAAUAGAGGCCGAACUAGACCGCCUCACAGCCCAGGGUGUCCUGGAGCCUGUGGACUAUGCCACCUGGGAGACCCCCAUCGUAACCCCCAUCAAGCCAAACGGGGAGGUGCGGAUCUGUGCAGACUAUAAAUGCACGAUAAACAAGGCACUGCAGGAUAACCCCUACCCAGUGCCGGUGGUAAACCACGUUCUGGCGGCCCUAGCGGGGUCCAAGAUCUUCGGGAAGCUGGACCUGGCACAGGCCUACCAACAGCUCCCGGUAGAUGCUAAGACGGCGGAAGCCCAAACGAUAGUAACGCACAGGGGGGCCUUCCGGGUGAGGAGGCUACAGUUCGGGGUAAGCGUCGCUCCGGGGAUCUUCCAGAGUAUAAUGGACGCUCUCCUUAAAGGGAUCCCCGGAGUCCAGCCGUUCUUCGACGACGUUUUAGUCGCCGCCCCGGACCCCGAAGAAUUCGGCAACCGCCUAAGAGAGGUGCUCCGCCGGUUCCAGGCUGCGGGGCUAAAAGUCAAGAGGGAGAAGUGCCUGCUGGGGGUUCCGCGGGUGGAGUUCCUGGGGUUCGCCGUGGACGCAGCGGGAAGAAAAGACACGGGCCAUCGUGCAAGCUCCGGCCCCCACCUGCAAAGCGGAGCUCCAAAGCUUCUUGGGGCGUUUCAGGCGGUCAAGGACGUUCUGGUGUCCAAUGCGGUGCUCCACCAUUUUGACGAGGGCCUCCCCAUCAUCUUGGCUUGCGAUGCAUCGCCGUAUGGGGUGGGAGCAGUCCUGGGGCACCAACUCCCGGACGGGAGGGAGGUGCCGGUAGCAUACUACUCCCGCACACUGACACCAGCAGAGCGCAAUUACGCACAGAUAGAUAAGGAGGCUCUGGCGAUCGUGGCGGGGGUCCGCAAGUUCCAUGAGUAUCUGUACGGGCGGAGGUUCACCACAGCCAUGGACCACAAGCCCCUCUUAGGUCUGCUGGCCCCAGAUCGACAAACCCCCCAAAUCCUGUCACAGCGUGUGUUGAGGUGGAAUCAAUUCCUCAACUCCUACACUUACACACUGAUACACCGGGCCGGCAAGGCUAUGGGCCACGCUGACGCGCUCAGCCGUUUGCCGCUGCCGGAAAUGGGUCCAGACCCCGCCCCCGCACACCAGGUAAUGCUGAUGGAAAGCCUCCCAGAGCCACCCCUACACGCAGCGGAGGUCGCCAAGGCCACCCAGAAACACAAGACACUGGCACGGGUGCUCGACUGGGUGGUAAGGGGGUGGCCAGAGGGAAACAUGGGGGAAGAAUUCAAACCCUAUAAAGUCAGGAGGGAGGAACUGGCAGCCCACAAGGGGUGCUUACUAUGGGGAAGUAGGGUAGUGAUUCCGCCCCCGCUGCAAAAGCGUGUUCUAGAAUCCCUCCAUGAGACCCACCCCGGCAUAGUGCGAAUGAAGGCCCUGGCUAGAAGCUACGUCUGGUGGCCGGGAAUGGACGGGGAG